AUGUCGAUUCCCACCUCCACCUCCGUCGUCGAGUCGGCCGUCAUCAAGGCUCCCUUGAGCGCCGUCUGGCACCACAUCAAGCUCCAGAACUUCAGCGACUUCUGGUCCGCCCUCAAGUCCAGCGAGUUUGUCAAGGGCACCAGCGACGAGACCGACGUCGUCAAGUGGACCUUUACCGACGGCACCGAGCUCGAGGUCAAGCAGGAGGAGCACAGCACCAUCAACCACUACAUCACCUACAGCAUCAUCACCUCCAAGCCCGAGCUGACUUACUCGUCUGUCCUCUCCACCAUCCGCCUCUACGCCGUCACCUCUGGCGAGGCCGAGGGCAGCACCUACAUCGAGUGGACCGGCAACUUCUCUAGCGACGCCGAUGCCGGCGUCAUCCAGGAUGCCAAGUUCAAGCGCCGCGACGCUCUUGCCGACCUGGCCAAGGCUGCCGCCAAGCUCAAGCACUAG